UGCCCGGGCGCUCGGCCGGGGACCGCCGGGCCGCUCCUGCGCGGCCGCGUCACGUGGGGUGGGCGAACUCCCAGCGGGCCCCGCGCCUCGUGGGGCCGUUCACCCGGGCUUGUGUGAAAGUGAGACUCUCUCUGUUUAGGUGUGAAGAGCGAGCCAUGACCAUCCAGUGGGCGGCGGUUGCCAGCUUCCUCUAUGCUGAAAUAGGACUCAUUUUAAUCUUCUGUCUGCCCUUUAUUCCUCCUCAGAGAUGGCAGAGGAUUUUCUCAUUUAGUGUCUGGGGUAAAAUUGCAAGUUUUUGGAACAAAGCUUUUCUUACUAUUAUAAUCCUAUUAAUCGUUCUAUUUUUAGAUGCUGUGAGAGAAGUAAGGAAAUACUCCUCCACUCAAGUCACUGAGAAGAACUCAGCCGGCAGGCCUGGUGCCUAUGAGCACACACAGAUGAAGCUCUUUAGGUCCCAAAGAAAUCUUUAUAUUUCUGGAUUCUCUUUAUUUUUUUGGCUAGUGCUGAGACGUCUGGUCACGCUUAUUACUCAGCUGGCAAAAGAAAUAACAAACAAAGGAGUGCUUAAAACUCAAGCAGAAAAUACUAGUAAGGCUGCCAAGAAAUUCAUGGAAGAGAAUGAAAAACUAAAAUUGGUACUAAAAAACCAUGGCAAAGAUGAAGAAAACAUUUUGGAAACUGAAAAUAAAAAACUAGUAGAAGACCAGGAAAAAUUGAAAACUGAAUUGAAGAAGGCUUCAGAUGCCCUUUUUAAGGCACAAAACGAUGUGAUGACUAUGAAGAUACAGUCAGAGAGACUUUCAAAAGAAUAUGAUCGACUCCUGAAAGAACACUCAGAACUUCAGUUGUCAACCACCAGCUUGAAUUUAUUUCCCAGCCACUCUUUUUUGAGGGGUACCAGAGAUCAAAUCCAAGGCCUAGUAAAUGAUAGGUAAGUGUUGUAGUACAUUUUUGGGGCAAGUGUAGGAAGAACUGAUAUAGAAGCAGCCUUGGCACGUGACAAAUGGGCAUCAUCCCCAUGUACUCUGGAAUCAGUCUUGGAAUACCUGUGUCAGUCUUCAUGAUAGCUUCAUAGUAGCUUUAUGAUCCUAAGAGAUAAUGUCAUCCAUCUGAAUGAAAUUCACUGUCUUCACUAUAACACUGGAACAAUAAUAAUGCCUUGCUCGCUGGAGUGUUGAGAGAGCUAAGUAAAAUGCAGGGUGCUUGGUACUGCUCCUGGCUGAUGUAAAUACUUAAGAAACAUAGAUAGCUGCUAGCUAAGCAUGGUGGCACACACCUUUAACUCCAGCAUUUAGAUCUGUCUCGAAGAAAAGAAGGGAGAGAGGAAAGAAGGAAUGAAUGAACAAAUAAGAAUGAACUGUCAUCAUUGUUGUCAUCAGUAUUACUUCCUUUGUAGUUUUACUGAAAGACUUAGGAUGUCUCAAAUAGCUGCUUCAGCCUUCAGUUACUCAGUCAAGAAGCAAUCUAAAACGUAAAUAAUCUUGUUCCCAAUAUGUAAUCUAGUCUUGGGACACUAAAGGCUAAAUUUAUGGUCUAGAGUAGAUGUUUAUUUCCACUGGUAGAGAUCCUGAAAUUGUUGACCUCCUCAGGGCAUGACAAGAACUACUCCAUGACAUACUCAGCAUUCAUCAUGGGAAGACCUCUUGUCUGUCUAAGUAGACUUUACUCCUUGCUAUUUGUAAGACCAGGGUCUUCUCAGCCAUCAUAUUUUUCCAGACAUUUUGAGGGGAAAGAGUUUGCAAGAUACCAGAAUUGUUUAGGCCCUUAAAUGGAAAAAGGAAAACAAAGAAUAUACCCUCAACCUUUCAGGUCAGUGUCCAUAGCUUAAUGUCUCCGUUAUGGUGACAGUUAAUGGUAACAAUUCGAUAGGGGUAACUCCUUAACCCUGAAGAAUAUUUAACAGUUAAGAUUUCCUCCAAUCUCCUCACUAUCCCCCCCCCCAAAAAAAAAAAACACUUUAAGCUUGGAGAUUCUUUGUUCUUAGCAAAAGAUGUGGAAAGCUUUUGUAGGUAUACUCUGCCUAAGAAAAUAUGCUGCAAUAUAUACAAAAGUAGAUGUACCUGCUUUGGAAAAGAAUCCCAUCCUAGAUAGACUAAGUGCCAUGUAGUGCAGAUUGGAGCCUUAUUGGAGCACAUGUAACCCUUAGUACCUGUCUGUAUUCUGUUUAUGAAAUACCAACAUUUAUUCAGUGUGCUCUGGACAAAGCACCUGGAUAAUGGUCUUAUAUAUGUCCCUUGGCAACUCAGUAAGCUAAAAUAUUUUAGUAUCUCUGUUUAGUGGGCAAAGAUGUCAAGAAUCAAUUUUUUUUUUAUGUGAUUUGCUCCCAAGUUACUGAACUGGAAAGAACAUUUAAAGCUAGGCAUCUAAGUCAGGAAAUCUUUCUCUACAACCUCCAUCAUUAACUGGGUUCUUCAGCCUGUGCUGGUCAUCAGUCUGUGUAUUCUUGGAUCCAUUCUCUUUCUACCCCUGCCCUAUCCCAUGUGGAAACGUGCAUUUCCAGAACCUUGCUUUCUGACUCCUGAGCAAAUUUAGCUAGUGAGAGGCAUUAGUAGAACACUGAAAACAGAGAAAGCCACUGAUUUCUCCUAUUUUCUGCUCUAGGUGACAUUUCCUUCCUGGCCUCCAACCCUUCUCUCCCUGGUCACAGUUGCAAUGGGCAGCUUCCAUUUGCUGACCUUUACCCAUCAUCCACUCGCACCCUCCCACCAAGAGUGGUUGUGGUUUUGUGCUGUUGUUAAUGUUUGGGCUAAACCUUACCACUGUUUUGUGUGCCUACUGUCUUAUCACCUGUAAUUCUAACUUCCUGAAGUAUCUGUUUAAAGGGUUAAGUUGCUCCUGUUGUGACCCUCUAAGUCAUUUGACAUCCAGGUGCCUUGGCUACUUCAUCACUUACAUGAGAGAUAGGGUACCUUAAUGAGCACCAAACCAGAUCCUAUUUCAAAACAGAACUUCAAAUAUUUUUAAAUAGGAAAGUCUCUGUGUAGCCAUAGCCAUAAGAUGCUUAGUUGAUUUAUUACAUUUUUUUCCCCUAUCCACCCACCUCCCCAUUGUCCACUAUGAAAACCUAAAAAUCAUGCUGAAGUUUAGAUGUCAUUCCAUGGACCCAUCUUCUCACAAGUGACUCUUUAAUAUCUACAGUCUGAACAAGCAAAGGAGAGUGGAAACCGUUCUAGAGUAUAAAGCUGAAUUUAGCUUGUCCUCAUGAAAUUUACUUCUAUUUCACAUCAGUCUUAGUAAUUUAAUUGUAUCCUAAGCUUCCUUGGGAAAACUUAAGUUUUUCUCAAUUUUAUAAAAUUGUGAUAGUGUGAAUGAAACAAGUAUGAACAGUUGUUUAAACAUUAAAAUGGUAGAAAAACUGGUUUCUUUUCCGUAAUCAAAUCUCAUUUUGCAGCUUUUAAAUACAGCUGGGGCCCCUCCUAGUUAAAAGCAUUAAAUGAAUAUUAGAAAAUGGUCCCUUUAAAACAUACAUAGUCUUUUUUUCUUCUUUGGCCUGGCUGUCUUCUAGAAAAGGAAAAAAAUGACUAGGUAUAUGCAGCACAAACCAUCAACACUUGCUAAUUUUUAAAUUCAUUUUAGAAAAUCACCUUUCACAUUGAGAUUUGCUCUGAGCAUAAUAGCAUUUUUAUUAAAACUUUGAUUUAUUUCUAAAGUGCUCAUGUAUGUAUAAAAGUGUAGAAGUAACAUGUCAUUCAAAAUACCUCCUCUCAUACUUAAUUGCUUACUGUUCUUAUAAAAGCAUUAAUUCUCAGCCUUAACAAGAGGUAGUGGGCUUUCUGUGUAAACGCAGUAACAUUCUGCAGUUCCAUUCUCUGAGAUUUCUUUCUUGAUAUAAACAUUUACUUUCUUAAUCCAACUUUCCUUUUAAGGUUAAUUCCUAUUUCAUAUCUCAUUGUUUUUUGCUUUACUUUCCUUCAUCUUUUCCUUGCCAAAAAUCUUAAUUGGGUCUGCCAUAGGGGAAUUUGAAAAAUUUUGUUUUCCUGGGGUAGCUGUGAAGUGAGAGCAAAACAGAUUAAUAUAUGAAAAAAAUGAACUUAUCAGGAGACUUUACUUUCCCUGCCUCUGAAUAUUUUUUCAAACAAAACUCAGAUUUUAUAGUGUUUUCAUUUUUUUUACUUUCUCAAUCCAUAUUUUAAAUAUUUAAUUCUCUAAAAACUAGACAAAAGACAAAUUUUUAUAAGUCAUUGUCUCUAUGAACUUGUUUAUUAAUCCAUCUUUUUGUUGUUGUUGUUGUUGUU